GGGGCGUGGCUUGUGGAGGUUUUUAGUGAACUUUGACCUCAAAAUAUUGACCUUGAUAAUAGACCUUUACCAUAAUUAUAAUGCCUACCCACGUGGCAUGGCUGCUAAAGAGAGUAGCUUGCUGGAGGCCCUGAGGGGAGGAUCUGAGCUCACAGACAGUGUCAUCAUUCAAGACUGUGUUGAAGUGAGUGGGCGACCAUUACUCAAGUCCCUGGUGCACAGAUACUCUCAGCAGUCACCAGUUCAUCUGUUUCUGUUGGAGAGUGGCAGGCAAGACUGGGAACACUGCUCUACUGGGAAACAGCUAUUCUAUCAUGAUUACUACACUGAUCCACUCGGCUGGGACCAUGAUGAUGACAUCACUACCACUACAACAACAGGGGCUUCCCAUACUAGCAAGCGUUGUUUGCAUGGACUAACAGUGCAAAGCUGUGUGGGAGAUGUGGAAGGUGUGAGGAGUGUGGAAGAUGUGAGGAGUGUGGACGAUGUGAGGGGAGUGGUUGUGUUUGACUGUCUCUCAAUGCUACUACUGACACAGUCUGCAUCGAGUGUAUCCAGGCUACUCCAUGGCCUAGGUCAUCAUUGCUUGUUAGUGUUAUCACUGGUUCAUGCCGACCUGCACGAGGAUCAUGUGAUCUCUCAGCUCAGUCAUGUGACCUCCACAGUCGUCUCAAUGCAAACACCACCCCCUCUUACAGACUACCUUUGCUCUGUAUACCAUAGGAGAAAAUCAGGAAAAAUAUCUAAACAGGUGGAAUCUUUCACAAUAUCUGCCGACUAUUCUACUCUCUCCUCGUCCCUGCACAGGCCCCACACACACUCCACACUCUCCACUACUCACACAACACCCUCACAGGCAGCAGAUCCCACGGCCAACCUGACCUUUGAUCUCACUCUGACAGCCAAGGAGAAACAUGAUCGAGCCAACGUGGUCCUCCCCUAUACACGCCCACACAUCACAGCUCACACCCACCCACACAUCACAUCUGACACCCGCCCACACAUAUCACUUGGGAAGGGAGAGAUAUUCUAUCAGCCUGAUGAAGCGGACGAUUUCGACGAAUCAGAUCCAGACGACGAUCUAGACAUUUAGGGACACUUUGCAAAUCUGAAUAUCAUAGUUGAAUAAUAGCCAAUGACAUUACUCAACAGCUUAGCUGAUAGGACUGUACUAGCUGUGUUGUGUGUUUGUUUGUGAAUAUUACAAUAAGGGGGCGUUAUGUGUAAA